UCCCCGGCCCCCUCUCAGCCGAGGGGCCUGCACAAAGACCACCGGGCCACACAAGGGCGGCUCUAGAGACCUGAAGUCUGAAAUCACCGUGUCAACAGGAACACGCAGUAGCCCAAGGCCCUAAAAGAGAAUCCUUCCUGCAUUUUCCAGCAUCUGGUGGCUCCAGCUUUAAGGAUCUUCAUUCCAUGCUCUACCCCUGAGCCCAGGAUCACAGAGGACCCCAGCACAGAACCUGUGGAGUCACACAGUCCUCUCAGCAGCAGUCAGACCAUGGAGCCUCUGCACCCCAGCAGCAGGGAUGUCGCUGGCACCCCCAGCCAAGGAGUCGAUGAGCAGCAGGAAGAACCACCUAAGAAGCGUGUGGAGACGUUGCUUGCAGAGGGAAUCCAGUGGAAAGCAGAGCAGGAAAAAGUAGCAGAGGAAGAGGAGGAGGAGGAGGUAGAGGAAAAAGUGGAGCAGGUGGUGGAGGCAGUGGAAGUGGAGGUGGAGGUGGUGGCAGCGGAGGUGGAGGUGGUGAAAGUGGAGGUGGAGGCAGUAGAAGUGGAGGCCGCAGUGGAGACUGUGGCUGCGGAGGUGGAGGUGGUGAAAGUGGAGGCGGAUGUGGUGAAAGUGGAGGCUGCAGUGGAGACCGUGGCUGCGGAGGUGGAGGUGGUGAAAGUGGAGGUGGAGGCAGUAAAAGUGGAGGCCACAGUGGAGACUGUGGCUGCAGAGGCGGAGGUGGUGAAAGUGGAGGCCGCAGUGGAGACUGUGGCUGCAGAGGAGGAGGUGGUGAAAGUGGAGGCCGCAGUGGAGACCGUGGCUGCGGAGGUGGUGAAAGUGGAGGCCACAGUGGAGACUGUGGCUGCGGAGGCAGAGAUGGUGAAAGUGGAGGCCGCAGUGGAGACCGUGGCUGCGGAGGUGGUGAAAGUGGAGGCCACGGUGGAGACCGUGGCGGUGGAGGCAGAGGUGGUGAAAGUGGAGGCUGCGGUGGAGACGGUGGCUGCGGAGGUGGUGAAAGUGGAGGCCGCAGUGGAGACCGUGGUGGCAGAGGAGGAGGUGGUGAAAGUGGAGGCGGAGGUGGUGAAAGUGGAGGUGGAGGUGGAGGCAGUGAAAGUGGAGGCGGAGGCGGUGGAGCCAGAGGCAGUGGCAGCAGAGGCGGUGGAAGAGGCAGUGGCAGUGGAGGUGGUUGGCGAGGAGGUGGAGGCGGUGGAAGAGGCCUUGGAGGUGGUGGGCGUGGAGGCAGAGGCGGUGGAAGUCCAGGAGGAGGAGGAGGAGGAGGAGGAAGUGGAGGAGGUGGCGCAAGAGGAGUGGGUGGAGGACGAGGAGUGGGUUGAGGAGUGGGAGGAGGGGGGCGAGGGGGAGGAGGGAGGCACGAGAGCGCCCGGCCCCGCCGACCACUACAGAAACCUCGGGGCCCAUUCCCUAGAAGCAGUGCAGGUGCAGGAGCUCGAGGGCAUUUUCCUGUGCUCGCCGUACCCCAGCCUGCGGCUGCGGCGGCAGCUGGCGCGGCGCAUGAGCGUGCCGGAGAGCAGAGUGCAGGUUUGGUUCAAGCACAGGCGGGCCAAGUGGAGGAGACACCAGCGGGCGCUCAUGUUCCGAGCCCUGCCCCCGGUGAUCCUGAACCAGCCCACCAUCAUCACCUUGGGCGGGCCGAACAGCACCAUCAUUCCUUGGCUGCCCUGUGACCCGGCCGCAGGUAACAUGGCCUGGGUCUUCACCGACGGCGGUGCCGUUGUCGCCGCCGACGCAGGUGCUGUCUUAGCCAGUGACAGGGGUGCUGUCUUAGCCACCGAUGGGGGUGCUGUUUUAGCCACCGAGGACGGUGCUGUUUUAGCCCCCACUUUCUAG